AUGAACCAGUGGCCCUCGGAAACAUCCCUGAACCUCUGCUCAGAGGUUAUCAAGCCUCUUUGGUAUCCAUUUUAUCUUAUAUUCGAGUACCUUCUACACCCGGUUUGGUCCUCAUUGUAUCCUUUAUCUGCCUAUCAUGAAGAGCGGCGAGAGCAGAAACGCCUCGAGGCUGCGGCCAAGCGGCUGGACGACGAAUUCCAGCAGCUACAAGUGAAAAAUCACCAUAAAUUCCCAGCCACAAGCGCAUCCACCUGUCCCUCAGGGCCCCUCUUCUCCAAAGUACCGUUUGAUGUCCGACGUCAAAUUCUUAUUGAAGCGUUCGGGGCUCAGACAGUUCAUCUUGAUCUUGACGUGGUCGAGAAGACAAGGGGCCAGCGCAAGGUCAAAUCAUGGCAAUGGAUGAACUGUGUGUGCCACAGCGAGAGGCUGGAUCUACCGCACGAAUCCCUCGAUCGGAGGCAUUUUCUUCACCGGGGAACGCAGAGAGAUCCGCUCGCAUGCCCGGGAAGCCAGAGGAAGCCCUCCCACUUAGGGAGAUGUCCCACAGAUUCUCACGUUGGCUAUUAUCGUGUCGGCAAGCGUGAGUUGACUCUCCCUGGCUUCGAGAUUCUUGGAAACCAAUCGAGCGAGGCACUAAUAAGAAAAUAUGCCUGCAGUUACGAAGAAGGCAUCGAAGUUCUAUACCGGACGAACACAAUACAUAUUGAGUCACUCUCCCUUCUUCGUGGUAUGCAUGAGUUUGUGGCCCCGUACAAGAUGGCCCUCAUUACCUCCUUUACGAUAACCAUCGAUCUAAAUCUUAUGAUAUUCGACGAAAUCUUUGGUGGUCUUUCUCCAAAAGUUUGCCCAAAUCCAUUCAGGUUUACUUCCUUAGCUCGUUUGCAUAUUAUUUGCGCAAUCAAAUACAGCCUGGUGUAUCUGAUUGACCUCUUGGUUCCGAGAAUCUCGUCAUGGAGAACAGCCGUGCAUGUGUUCUGUGCUUCUUGGGAGGUAUAUACAGCCGUCGAUCUCAAUCUGGCUGAGAAUCAGGGCGUCGACAAAACAAAAUUGCACUGGGCUGAUGUU